UCUCUUUUUUUCCUGCCUUUUCUUCUCAGCCGCCGCCUGCAUCCGCCUCCAGAACUCAGCCGCGCCGCCCCAUCGGCCACGUCGGAGCUCGGCCGGCCCCCGGGCCUCCCUGCAGCCCGCGCCUCCCUCCCUCCCUGCAGCCCGCGCCGCGCCCCACGGCCGCCGCCAGCCGUGCCUCGCCUCCCUCCCUCCCUGCAGCCCGCGCCGCGCCCCCCAGCCGCCGCCCGCCGUGCCUCGCCUCCCUCCCUUUCUUCCUGCCCGGGGUUCAAGCACCGGAGUUGAAGAAGCUCCAGCUGGGAGGCGGCGGCGGCGCGACCUCCGCCACCGGCACCGGCCGCCGAAGGUGCGAGAGGAAGGGGAACGGGAGGGCACAGGUGGAAACCGCGUCGAUUAAUCGCGUACCGCGAGGGGCGAGGCGCGUUUCGACUCAAGGCAUCUCGCGGUGCGGGACGGGGCCUCGCGGGGCGGUACCGCGCGGUGACCGCGACCCGUUCGGCGGGAUUAUUCGCGGUGCCCCGCCGCACCGCGCGGUCACCGCGAUUAUCCCUCUCCUCGCCUCUCUCCAGCUACUCCGCCGCGAGGUGCGCGUGCGACCCCAGCCGGCAAACUGCCGCAGCAAGCAGAGAUCGGCCUCCUCUUCCUCCUCCGGCGCGCGGCUCCGCUUGCAGGUUGUGCCUCCCAAAUAACUUGUGUCUUGCUGCAUUGAACUUGUCUGUGCUUGGAAUGGCAGCACCCAAGCCCAUUUCUCGGCUUAUUUCCCAUGUGAUUCUAGAUUUGGAUGGCACCCUCUUAAACACAGAUUCUGUUGUGAGCAAGGUGGUAAAACCAUUUCUUGUCAAAAAUGGGAAAACGUGGGAUAGCAAGAAAGCUCACAAGCUAGUCGGGAAGACACCUUAUGAAGCUGCAGCUGUUGUUUUGGAAGACUAUGGACUCCCUUACUCUACAGAAGAGUUCCUCUCAAUGCUUACUCCAAUGUUCAGUGAGCAGUGGUGCAACAUAAAACCCCUUCCAGGAGCUAAUCGGCUGAUAAAUCAUUUAAGGAGUAAUGGGGUGCCUACUGCUUUGGCUUCAAACUCGCCAAGACCUAAUAUAGAAGCCAAAAUUUCCUGCCAUCAGGGUUGGAAAGAGUCUUUCUCUGCAAUUGUUGGUGGAGAUGAAAUAGAGAAGGGGAAGCCAUACCCAGAUAUAUUUUUGGAAGCUGCAAAAAGAAUGAACACCACUCCUUCAAAUUGCCUAGUAAUCGAGGAUUCCUUGAGCCUUGGUUGCUUCAUGAUUUUGGUGAGGACUUCUAUGGUGAGGAGCUGCGCCUUGCCAUUGUUGGCUACAUAAGACCUGAGGCCAACUUUCCUUCGCUUGAAAGCUUGAUAGAGAGGAUUCAUGAGGAUGGAAGAAUAGCAGAGAAGGCACUAGACUUACCUAUGUAUGCCAAGUACAAAGACUCGCGGUAUCUGAGAGACCCUUUGCAGCAGGGAAGUAAUACUGAUGGAACCAGGCUGAGCUGAAUUCCAAGUAAUAAACCCCUGCAGGAGGGCACUAAAUAAGUUGCCUCUUAUUGUUCUGUUUGUGAUGGAGGGAAAUACAUUGGUGUUGAGCAGAAACGAUUGGACUCUUGUUGAGUUUAUACUUAGUUCUUUUCCACUUUUUGGAAGCAGUGGUAGUUGCACUAUAUGGCUGUUCCUCAAAGAGGGGUGCUGAUACCCUCUAAAGAAAAAGGUGUCAUGUUGAAAGUUCAAUUCCGAUAGCUGGUCUGCAGCUGCUCACUUGUUUUGAUUAAUGAAUUGAUGCCUUCUACUAUGGAAAGAUAUGAUUUAUACUGUUUUAUAAGAUGAGAAUUGUGGAA